ACAAGAAAUUUGCCGAGAUCCAUAGACCAUAUACACCAAUAAUAUAAAAACCAUCCACUCCAAUCUCCAGUCUUCGUUUUGCCCAAUACAAUGGAGCUAUUCAGCAAAGCCAAGGCCGUAAGACUCCGAGCCCACAACGACAAGUACCUAGUCGCCGACGACGACAAGCAAACCAUCCGCCAGAGCCGCAGCCGCGCCUCCCGUAAAGCCAUAUGGGUGGUGGAAGCAGUGGAUCAAGGCAUCCGUUUCAAGAGCCUGGUCCAUGGGCGGUACCUGAGCGCGUCGGAUUUGCCAUUCCUGCUGGGGAUGACCGGGAACAAGGUGGUGCAGGUGGCGGGAGAGAAGGGGUCGGAGUGGACGGUGAAGUGGGAGCCGGUGCGUGAAGGGUUCCAGGUGAAGCUGAGGAGCUGGUGUGGGACGUAUUUGAGGGGGAACGGUGGAACGCCGCCGUGGAGAAACUCGGUGACUCAUGAUCAGCCUCAUAGUUCGGCUACUGGGAAGUGGAUUUUGUGGGAUGUGGAGGGUGUGGAUUUGGAGGGCUCCGAAUUUGAUGGUUUGGAGUCUUUGUCGAGCUUUGCGUCCGAUGAAGCCUUUGGGUCCGAGCCUCCUACCCCCCUGGCUACCCUUCCUCAUCAACCUUCAAAAACACAGAUUCACCUCUCUUCUGCUAUGGAUUUGUUUCGCAACGCUAAGACCAUCAGACUCCGCAGCCACCACAAGAAGUAUCUGUCCGCCGAUGAAGAUGAAGAGUCAGUCACUCAGGACCGGAAUGGAUCUUCCAACAACGUUAGAUGGACUGUCGAGUUUGUUUCCUUCUCCGACUGUGUCAUCCGGCUGAAAAGCUGUUACGACAAGUACUUAAUGGCCUCCAAUCAGCCGUUCUUGCUUGGAAUGACUGGUCGGAAGGUUGUGCAGGCUCGUCCUGACCGGUUGGAUUCAGCGCUUGAGUGGGAGCCGGUUAAGGAAGGCUCCUUUCUCCGUCUCAAAACGCGGUACGGUAAUUUCUUGAGAGCUAACGGCGGUGUUCCUCCGUGGCGGAACUCCGUCACUCAUGAUGUGCCGCAUCGGUCGGCGACUCAGGAUUGGAUCCUGUGGGAUGUUGAUGUUGUUGAAAUCGAAACUCAAUCUUUUGAUCAUAAAACCCUAAAUCAUCCCCCAUCCGAACCCGACCCGGAUUCUCCUCUCGAAUUGGAUUCAAUCUCGUCUUCCGUUUCACUUGAAUCCGCUCGUCCUUCAAUCGCCGAGUCAAAUUCACCUCCUAAAUCAGAGGGGAGGAGGAUAUUUUACCAAAUAGCUGAUGAUAAUGGAGAAGACGAGGAUUCAGAGAGGUAUUCUUUGAAUUUCAAUGGUAAAGGAGUGGAAGAAUUGACUCGUAAAUUGGAAGAGGAGAUGGGAAUUGAAGGUGUCAUUGUAUGUACUCGUAGUCCUUUGAAUGGAAAGCUCUUUCCAAUUCGCUUGCAACUGCCUCCUAACAAUGCAACUUUGAAAGUUGUUCUGGUUCUGAAAUCUUCCAAAUGUAAGUAUCUGUUUGUACGGAUGACCCGUUCUCGGGCAUACUUAUAUUUUUCGACCAGCCCCUCGUGAAAUGCAAUGGAUGACCGAGGGAGGGGCGGGUCAAAAACAUAUGGAUCGUCCGUACAAAAUAACUGGUACUCUUUAGUUAAUUGGUUUGUGUUGUUGUUUCAGAAUGGUUCUAACCUUUUUUUCCUUUCCAUGUGAUGUUGAUUUUGAAACAGUGGGAAGUGAAUUUGAGAAGAAAAGUUGGAUUUGAUAUAAAGAGCAAAGGUUGAUUGGUUGAUUCAUAAUCAAACAGGAGGCCAGACCAGAGCAGAACACAAAACAAGAACAGAGAUAUGAUGUUCUUGUUGGGAUUCUUUUCUCUUUUUAAUAAUAUACAGUUAUAUUAUUGUAUAAAGAGUGUAAAUAUAAUGGUGAAGAAGCAGUAUUGAAUUCAUUAUUAUUAAAUAGAAAAACAGCAGUGUUAGUAUUUGGAUUCUGCUAUGUAGGAUUCUACUAUGAAAUAUAAAAACUAUUGCGUUUUUGUAGAAGGAGAAUAUUAAAUUAUUUCCGACAAUUUCACGUGGUCGAGAUUAUUAUUUAUUA